AUGCCUCAAGCUCUGGUGCCGGAACAGCUACAAAUACCUCAUCAGGACCAACAUCAACCGGUAACUCAACUACCACAGGCUCAACAGCAGCAGCUUCAGGCAGCAGCAGCUUCAGACUCAUCAUCUGCACCUGCACCAGCAUCAAACACUGGAUCAGGAUCAUCAUCAGCAGCUUCAAGUUCAGCAGCAGCAGCAUCAGCAGCAUCAGCUUCAGAUUCAUCAUCAGGACCAACAACCUCAACAUCAACCAGUAACUCACCUAACUCAGCAAGUUCAGCAGCAGCAGCAUCAGCUUCAGAUUCAUCAUCAGGACCAACAACCUCAACAUCAACCAGUAACUCACCUAACUCAGCAUCAUCAGGAUCAGGUUCAGGAUCAUCAGCAGCAGCUUCAUCAGCAGCUUCAGGUUCAGGAUCAUCUGGUUCAGGAUCAGGACAAGGAUCUGGUUCAUCAGGUUCAGGAUCAUCUGGUUCAGGUUCAUCAGGAACAGCAGCUUCAGGAUCAGCAGCAUCAAGUUCAGCAGCAGCAGCUUCAGACUCAUCAUCUGCACCUGCACCAGCAUCAAACACUGGAUCAGGAUCAUCAUCAGCAGCUUCAAGUUCAGCAGCAGCAGCAUCAGCAGCAUCAGCUUCAGAUUCAUCAUCAGGACCAACAACCUCAACAUCAACCAGUAACUCACCUAACUCAGCAUCAUCAGGAUCAGGUUCAGGAUCAAGUAACUCACCUAACUCAGCAUCAUCAGGAUCAGGUUCAGGAUCAUCAGCAGCAGCUUCAUCAGCAGCUUCAGCAUCAAGUUCAGCAGCAGCAGGUUCAGGCUCAUCAUAUGCACCUGCCCCAGCAUCAAACACCGGAUCAGGAAGAUCAUCAGCAGCUUCAAGUUCAGCAGCAGCAGCAUCAGCAGCAUCAGCUUCAGAUUCAUCCUCAGGACCAACAACCUCAACAUCAACCAGAUCAGGACAAGGAUCUGGUUCAUCAGGAUCAGGAUCAUCUGGUUCAGGUUCAUCAGGAUCAGCAGCUUCAGGAUCAGCA